GAGCAGAAUCCGCAUAGUACUCUCUGGCGGGUCUUUUGAAGACGACGUGGACUUCGCUUCUCUCUCCUCCUCCAUUACUAUAAACUCGCCCAAGUGAACAACAACGUAGCUCAAAGAAAAUCCUCUAAACACAUUCAUAUUCAUACAAUUCACACUCAUCAUAUUCAUCCAUAUACACAUUACACGUGGGACAGCCACACACUUCUCAUUUUUCUGAUCAAUUUAAUCUCCACCCAACACUCCGGCCGGUGAAGCUCUCCGAAAUGGAGAGCUUCAAAGCUCCAUUCAGGGGAAUUGCAAAAGAUGUCAAAGGAAGAGCAUUGUGCUAUAAACAAGAUUGGACUGCAGGUUUUCGUUCAGGAAUCGGGAUUUUGGCCCCAACUGCCUACAUCUUCUUUGCUUCAGCUCUUCCUGUUAUAGCUUUUGGCGAGCAACUGAGCAGAGAUACAGAUGGAAGCUUGAGCACAGUGGAAACCCUGGCCUCUACUGCUAUUUGUGGUAUAAUACACUCAAUUCUAGGUGGGCAACCUCUCUUGAUUUUAGGAGUUGCAGAACCCACUGUCAUCAUGUACACCUACUUGUACGACUUUGCGAAAGGAAGGAAAGAUUUGGGACGCGAGCUGUAUUUGGCUUGGGUUGGAUGGGUUUGCGUCUGGACAGCUCUUUUUCUAGUUCUUCUUGCAAUAUUCAAUGCUUGUGAUAUAAUCAACAAGUUCACAAGGAUUGCAGGCGAACUUUUUGGCAUGUUGAUUUCUGUCUUGUUUAUUCAAGAGGCUAUCAAGGGUAUAGUGAGUGAGUUCAAAAUUCCCAAAGGUGAAGAUUCAAAGAAAGAGACACAUCAAUUUCAGUGGCUUUACACAAAUGGACUGCUGGGGGUCAUAUUUACUUUUGGCCUCCUAUAUACUGCUCUGAAGAGCAGAAAAGCAAGGUCAUGGUGGUAUACAACAGGGUGGCUCAGAAGUUUCAUUGCAGAUUAUGGUGUUCCUUUAAUGGUACUACUGUGGACUGCGCUGUCAUUCAGUGUACCACGCAAUGUUCCCUCAGAUAUUCCCAGAAGGCUGUAUAGCCCUCUGGCUUGGGAGUCUGCAUCUUUACACCAUUGGACUGUCAUGAAGGAUAUGGGGAAGGUUCCGACUGCAUACGUCUUUGCUGCUAUUAUACCUGCUGUGAUGGUAGCGGGACUUUACUUUUUUGACCAUAGUGUCGCUUCACAGCUGGCACAACAACAGGAGUUCAAUCUAAAGAAGCCUUCUGCAUACCAUUAUGAUAUGUUGUUGCUGGGACUUAUGACACUGCUUUGUGGAUUGAUUGGGCUUCCUCCUUCUAACGGGGUCCUGCCACAGUCACCGAUGCACACUAAGAGCCUUGCUGUUCUUAAGAGGCAGUUGAUUCGAAAGAAAAUGGUGAAGAGUGCUAAGGAAAGCAUAAAACAGAAAGCUAGCAACUCUGAAAUCUAUGGAAAAAUGCAAGCUGUGUUCAUAGAGAUGGACGACUCGACUACACCUACAUCACAAGUUAAAGAGCUGGAAGAUUUGAAGGAGGCAGUUAUGAAAAGUGAAAAUAAAGGGGAUAAUGCAAGGGAUGCAUUUGAUCCUGAGAAGCACAUUGAUGAUUACCUGCCUGUCCGAGUUAAAGAGCAGAGAGUGAGCAAUCUGUUACAGUCACUUCUUGUGGCAGCAUCAGUUUUUGCUAUGCCAGCCAUCAAGAAGAUACCAAAAUCAGUUCUGUGGGGAUAUUUUGCUUACAUGGCCAUUGACAGUCUUCCAGGGAACCAAUUCUGGGAAAGGCUGUUACUUCUCUUCAUCACCCCUAGCCGGCGGUACAAGGUCUUGGAAGGUGGUCAUGCUUCCUUUGUGGAGUCGGUGCCAUUCAAAUACAUAGCCAUAUUUACACUCUUCCAGCUUUUAUACUUCUUGGUCUGUUUCGGGGUGACAUGGAUCCCUGUAGCUGGCAUUUUGUUCCCCUUGCCAUUCUUCCUUCUCAUAAUAAUAAGACAGCAUCUCCUCCCCAAAUUCUUUCAACCACAUCACUUGCAGGAAAUGGACUCAGCUGAAUGGGAGGAAGUCGCUGGUGCCCCAAAACGUUCUCUCAGCAUUCCCAGGGAGUUAGAAACUUCUAACGAAGAGGAUGGAAUGGAGAUGUGUGAUGCUGAGAUAUUAGACGAGUUAACAACCAGCAGAGGGGAGCUGAAGAUCAAAGCCAGCUUCAGUGAAGAGAGACGUGGUCAGAUUUACCCUGAAAAAAUUGGCCAAAAAGAGUGAAAGAUGAGUCUGAUCGGCGAUGAAAGGAACGAGACAUGAAAAUAAUGUAGGCAUGAGAUUUGAGGAUUGAGUAGCAUACCAGUAACAGAAGAGUAGGCGUAGGCUGAACCAAAUUGUCACUGUUAGUGUUUUUUUUUUUGGUCUGAGUCACUGUUAGUGUUUGUGUGUAGGUUAAAGAUAGAAAAGAAGAUGUACUGCAGGUUAGUUAUUGUUCAGGUUAAUUUGAAUUGGUUGCUAUCACAUUCACAUAUUAUAACCAAUUCAACAUGCA